AUGAAGAAAAACUGUCAGAUUGAAAACCGUGGCUUUCUGAUUACGGUACUUUUGAGAAUCUCAGAAUCUCAGAAUCUCAGAAUCUCAGAAUCUCAGAAUCUCAGAAUCUCAGAAUCUCAGAAUCUCAGAAUCUCAGAAUCUCAGAAUCUCAGAAUCUCAGAAUCUCAGAAUCUCAGAAUCUCAGAAUCUCAGAAUCUCAGAAUCUCAGAAUCUCAGAAUCUCAGAAUCUCAGAAUCUCAGAAUCUCAGAAUCUCAGAAUCUCAGAAUCUCAGAAUCUCAGAAUCUCAGAAUCUCAGAAUCUCAGAAUCUCAGAAUCUCAGAAUCUCAGAAUCUCAGAAUCUCAGAAUCUCAGAAUCUCAGAAUCUCAGAAUCUCAGAAUCUCAGAAUCUCAGAAUCUCAGAUUCUCAGUAA